AUGACACUUUGUGUCGUUGUGAUUGGCACAAUCUACGAUUAUGGUUAUGAUAUUAAGUUUCAUAUCCAUAUGGAUUUUAAAUCAUUUUUAUUUAAUCAUAACCAUUUUCAUAAAGAUGAAAGUAAUGGAAUUUUUGAGCAAGAUUUAAUUGGGGAUUUACAUCAUCAUCAUCAUCAUUUAGACAAUAAUAAUGGGAAAAGUUAUGGGUUAAAUAGAUACCCAUUCAAUAGAAUUGUUGAAAAUACCAACAAAAACAACAAUAGUAAUAAUAUUAAUAAAAAUAAUAAUAAUAAUAACAAAAACAAAAUAGUUGAUAGCGAUGAAAGUGAUGAUAGCAAUAGUAAUAGUAAUAGUAGUAGCAAUAGUAGUAGCGAUAAUGAUAAUAGUAUAAGUAAUUCCGAGGAAACAAGCGAGGAUUAUAACUCGGAAGAAGAUGACGAUGACGACGAAGAAGAAUAUACUAGCGAUAAAGAAAACAACGACAAUAAUAAUAACAAUAAUAAUGGCCAAUUCUCUUUAACAAACAAUUGGUUUGUAAAUACAUUUUUCAAAACUAAUGAAACAGCAAUAUUAAACUCGAAUAAUAAUAAAAAUAACAUUAAUAAUAAUAAUAAUAAUAAUAAUAAUAAUAAUAAUAAUAAUAAUAAUAAUAAUAAUAAUAAUAAUAAUAAUAAUAAUAAUAAUAAUAAUAAUAAUAAUAACAAUAAUAAUAAUAAUAAUAAUAAUAAUAAUAAUAGUGAAAAUAAAAAUAAAAAAGAUAAUAAUAAAAAUAAAAAAAAUAAAAGAAAUAAUAAUAUUAAUAAGAAUAAAGAUAAUAAAAAAAAAUCAAAUGAAUUUAUAAAACCAAAUACAUUGGAUUUAUUUGGAAUGAAUGGUUUGGGAUUCUUAAAAGCAGAUAUAUUGACAUCAUCAUCAUCAUCAUCAUCCUCAACAAUAAACUCAAGGAUGGAAAGAAUGCUAAUUUCAAAUCCACCACUUGGUUUAAUUAUUAGAGAAGAUGAUAAUGUACCAAUUGUUGAUACCUAUACAAUUAGUUCACCAUUUUCAUCAGGAUCAUCAUCCCUUUCAACAUCAACUGAUACCUCUAUCACAUCAUCUGAUAACAAUUCUAAUGAUUUAGAUAAAAUUAAUAAAUUAAUUAAUUCUCAAUUAAUAAUAGAACAAUCUAAACUUAAUAACGAUACUAGUAGUGAUAAUAACAAUGGUAGUAAUAAUGAUCAAUUGCUUAUAAAAUGUAUAGAUUGUUUAAAUAUAAUAACAGAUAUUGAAAAAGUUAUAUUUUUAGAUAAAAGGAUUGAUGAAAAGAGAGUUUCAAAGAUAAAAUGUAAAUCAUGUAAGAUAUCAUUAUCAGUAUAUGAUAUUAAACAAGUAUUAACUGAUGAAGAGUAUUCAAUAUAUGAUGAUGCUUCAUUGGAUCAAGCGAUCUCUAGAAAUAAGGACUCAUAUAUUCAAUGUCCUUGUUGUAAUUUAGUGAUGGAAAAGGUUAUCAUACCUUUAAGUAGUUUAAAUAGUAAUAAAAAUGGUUCAAUCAAAUCAAAUGAUCAAACUAUAGAAUAUGAUGAAAAUGGUAAACAAUUAAGUAGAGAAUCAAUUGAACAUAAAAGGAAAUUUAGAUUUAGAUGUCCUCAAUGUUCUUGUGUAUUUUGUACAGAAUGUAAAAUUCAUCCUUAUCAUUUAGGUUAUACAUGUGCUCAAUUUCAAAUUUAUAAUUCUUCAAAACAUUGUAGAUUUUGUAGGGUUGCAAUUUGUCCAAUUACUCCAAUAGUUUCACCAAGAUUAUCUUUAAAACCCAAUAACAAUAAUACAACUACCACUACAACAACUAUAAAUAGAAAUAAUAUUAAUAAUAAUUGUUGUUCAAAUGAUGAAUGUAUUUCAAAAUCAAUUAAAUCAUGUCAAAAAAUAUUAAGAUGUGGUCAUGAAUGUCUUGGAAUUUUAGACGAAACUAAAUGUUUACCAUGUAUUCAUCCAGAUUGUAAUAAUAAUGAUUAUGAUACUCCAACUCCAUUACCUACAAAUACUACUACUACAACGACCACUACUACUACAAGUACAACAGUAAAUACAAUAAUAAAUAAUGAUAUAAUAAAAAAACCAAAUUUAAUAAAUAAAUAUAAAACAAAUCAGAAAUCAAAUGAUUAUUGUAAUAUUUGUUGGACGGAUUCAUUAUCAUCAGAACCAUGUAUCCAAUUAGAGUGUGGUCAUAUAUUUCAUAAGAAAUGUUGUUCAUCAGUUUUAAAAAAGAGAUGGACAAGUUCAAGAAUAAGUUUUGGAUUUGUAAAAUGUGCGCUAUGUUCACAAAAUAUGCAACAUCCUUGUUUGGAGAAAUAUCUCACACCAAUUAAUGAACUUUAUGGUUUUAUAAAGGUUAAAGCUUUGAAUAGGCUAUCAUUAUUUGGUGUUGAGAAAGAUGUAGACUUUGAUGAUCCUCUCUCAAAGUGGUAUAAUAAUAAAGAAGGUUAUGUUAUGGAUAGAUUCUCUUACUUUAUGUGUUUCAAAUGUAAGAAACCCUAUUUUGGUGGUGAAAAGGUUUGUGCAAUUGCUGACGAAAAUAGAAUUGCUGGUGAGCAUAAACCUGAAGAAUUGGUUUGUGGAGGUUGUAGUUCAAGUGGUAAUGAAAAUUGUAAAAUCCAUGGAAAAGAGUUUAUAGAGUACAAAUGUAAAUAUUGUUGUCGUAUCUCUGCUUUCUUUUGUUGGGGUAACUCUCAUUUCUGUGUUGAAUGUCAUAGAAAUGUAAAUCAUGUUGCGCAAAUCCCAAAAACUCAAUUACCUCAAUGUAAGUGUGAAGGAAGUGAAAAACAUAUUUCUGGUGAAGAAUUUUGUUAUGGAUGUUCAAUGUGUAAAAUAAUUAGUAAUAGUGAAUAA